AUGCGGGGGAGUGUCCACUUCGCUUCUCCUCCCGACCCCAACGUUCCCUCUUCUUCUUCUCACCCAAUUCACUCCGAUAGGCCUGGAUUCACAAACUCGGACCCUUUACCUAAGGCUGAGAGAGCGCCCACUGGUCUAUUGGCCUUUGUUGCCAUGGUCGACGCCGAUUCGCAAAACCGGGCAUUUCGGAGAGGCAAUGUCUCAGAACCCCGCGACUGUGGCUGGGAAUUUAUGAGCUUCAGUCAUUUCCUUCGCUUUUUACUGGCAGAUAUGAAAGAUGAUUACUUUCGUGUUGCUGAACGGUGA